AUGUCUCGCAUGUGGGAAGUCGACCCGGAGACGAGGACAAAGCUCCUCCAAAUCUCCAAGACCAACGGAAAUGACAGGUGCUGCGAUUGCGGAGCGCCUUCACCUCAAUGGGCCUCCCCCAAAUUCGGAACCUUCAUCUGCCUCAACUGUGCAGGCACACACCGCGGGCUCGGUGUACAUAUCUCCUUCGUCCGCUCAAUCACCAUGGACGCCUUCAAACACGCAGAGAUCCAGCGCAUGGAACUAGGAGGCAACGAGCCAUGGAAAUCCUUCUACGACGCCCACCCAGUCACCACCUCCGAGGGCCGCACAUUCGAAGACUCAACCAUCAAGGAGCGUUAUGAAGGCGACGCGGGCGAGGAGUGGAAGGAGCGCCUUUCUUGUAAGGUCGAGGGCCGCGAGUAUGUGCUCGGCCAGGAGAAGAAGAACAAUAAUGCCUCGUCGCGGUCUAGUACGCCGAUGAGUGCUGCCGGCGCGGGCGCUGGCUCUGGCGCGAGGACAGGCUCGCCUGCUACCUCUAUUCGCUCUGAUAGUCUGCGCGGUGGUGCGGGUCCGAGUGCGUCCAAAAAGGAGCAGAAUGAGGCUUAUUUUGCGAAAUUGGGUGGUGAUAAUGCUACUCGCUCGGACGCGCUGCCUCCCUCACAAGGUGGGAAAUUCACUGGGUUCGGUGGUGGUGUGCCUCAACCCGCAGCUGGAGACCGUCGGUCUUCACCAUUUGGAGGACUUGGAGGUUGGGGUGCAUUUGGAGGCGGAGGUGGUGGAGGUGGAGGUGGAGGGCCGGCCUUGGACGAUUUCCAGAAAGAUCCCAUGGGCAGUAUUACCAAGGGAUUUGGCUGGUUCGCGUCGACGGUUGGAAAGGGUGCUAAACAAGUCAACGAUUCAUACCUCCAACCAACAGCGAAGCAACUCGCCGAGUCGGACUUUGCCGCUCAAGCCCGAGUACAGGCAACCAACUGGGGCCAGAAUUUCCAAACCGGAGCCCGCAGUGCAGCGGAUCAAUUCAACCGUUUCGUCGAGGGCGAUGAUGGGGGUCAUGGUCGUGGUGGUGGUAGUUCCGCUACUCGCUCCAAUGUUGAUCCCGAGCGUCGCGAUUUCUGGGAUGACUUUUCUUCUAUCGGUGCGCAACAGCAGCAGCAACAGCAAGAGAUGUCGGGUCAUCAGCGCAGCGGGUCACGGUCUGGCGUUAUUGGUACUGCUGCUAUGCGGAAGGGUCCUACGCCUGUGGCUUCUUCUUUGUCUAAUGAGACUACUGCCCCGUCUGGUGUAGAGGGGGCCGAGGCGGGUCCCACGAAAUCCAAGCCCAAGGAGAAGGAUGACUGGGAUGAAAACUGGUAA